AUGGCUGAUCGCAAAUUAUUCAUUGGAAACCUUGUACGGCGUAUUACUCAAGAGGAUUUAUGGGUUAUGUAUUCAACAUUUGGACCAUUAGAAGAAUGUGCUAAAUUUCAUGAAUCAUUUGGUUUUGUUCGUUUCUUACAUGCUGAAGAUGCUCGACAAGCAUUAAAAGCUACUCAUGGUAUAACACUCAAAGGACGAUGUAUUAAAGUUGAAUUUGCCGCAACUACAACUUCAUGGCGAUCAACUAAUAAUUCUUAUUGUAAUGAAUGUCGUUCAUCAGCUCGUUAUAAUAUUCCACCUAUUCGAGCUAUUGAUUUAUCAAAUCAUCGAGGAUAUCAUCAUCGAAUAAUUAGUAGUUCGUCAUCGUCUUUGUCACCGCCAUCCAUUGGUCCAAUUGGUCACAGACGAAAAACUCAUUCGAAAUCAAUUACUUCUGAAUCAACAAAUUCUUCUGAUACUCGUCAAUCUCAUGUAUCAUGUUCAUCACCACCGUCAUCCUAUGCUGCUUCAUCAAGUCAUGUUACUGAGAUUGAUGAUUAUGAUUGUGAUCUUGAUAGUGGAUAUAAUGAUGAACAUGAUUCACCAUUAUUAUCAUCAUCAGCAUAUUUAAUUCCAACGUCACCAUGGUAUGAUAUGCCUAUUGCUGAUGAAUUAUUCAUUUGGGAUUUUCAAUUGUAUGCUGAUAUUGCUCGUGAACUUCCAUUAAUUAAAAUAGAUUAUUUAUCUUCUGAAUUGACCGAUGAUGACACAUGGACAAUGAUGGAUUAUUUUGCAAAAUUAAAUAUUGAAGAGUAUUUAUAA